AUGGCUUCAGGCGAUGACGCCUGCGACGCCGCUCUCGCCGCAUGGGCCGCCGCCUGCCUGGGGGAGAGCGACGGGCCGCCGCGCACCUUGGAGGACCUCGCGGAGGGCCCCCCGCUGCUGUCCCUGGCGAGGCGCUUCGUGCGCGGGGCGGAGGCGGCCCUCCCCAGCGACGCUGCCGCCCUCUCGAGGCCGCCGAGGGACAGCCGCGUCGAGGUCGCCCGCCACAUCAACGACGUCUACCGCGACGAGCACGGCCGCGCCGCGAGGAUCGUGGACGUCCGGUGGGCGGGCCGCAGCGACACGAGGGCAGCGCGCGCGCUGCUGCUGGGCGUGCUGUUGGCCGCGUUCCAGGGCCCGCAGGCGCAGGAGGCCGCCGCCCGGAUCGGCGCGCUGCCCCAGGGGCACCAGGGCGCCCUGGCCGCCGCCAUGCACGGCGUCCUCGCGCGAGUGGCCAGCGACGCGGAGGCCGACGACGCCGCGGGCGCCGUGCAGCCUCUGGGCGCCGAGGCCCCCGACGGCGUGCCGGGCGCGGGGCCGCGGCGCCCGUCGCACGCCAGCGGCGGCGGCGGCUCGCCGCGCGGCGGGCCGCUGGAGGAGCGGCGUCCUUCGGGGCAGGUCGGAGGGGGCCCUGGGGGCUCUGCGUGCAGCGCCCUGUGGGCGUCGCGGCGUGGGUCGUUCGCGGGGGGCGCGCAGGAGGAGCUCGAGGAGCUCUCCGAGGCGCUGGAGGACGGGCGCUCCCGCUGUCGCUCGGAGAGGCAGGCGUCGCUGCACCUGGUGCGGGAGAUCUACGCCGCCAAGGAGCGCCUGCACCACGAGGCGGACGCCUGCCACGAGCUGCAGGACGAGUUCGAGAGUCUGCGGCAGGAGGCGAGGGAUACGGAGUCCUCCGUGCAGUACCUCCGAGAGGAGGUGCAUGAGGAGACCCGCGCGGCCAGCAGGCACGCCCGGAAGCACGGCCUCGCGCAGCAGAAGGUGGAGCUGCUGCAGAAGGAGUGCAAGGCGUGCGACAGCGAGUGCUGCGAGCUGCGCGAGCAGCUCGCGUUCACCGAGAGCGGUGAGAAGGCGGCUCCGAAGCUCUCCUGGAGCAUCGUCCAGCGCACCAAGUUGAAGAGCAUGACGGACCACCAGGUGGAGAUGGACGCCAGACUGGCCCAUGUGAACUUCGUGUGCUCCGAGGAGCACAUGAACGUGCAGAGGCUCGCCCCCUCUCUCGAGGAGGCCCGCGAGAGGCUGAGGGAAUUCGACAGCGAGGCCGCCAAGGAGCGCGCGAGGCUCCACGAGGCGGAGGCGCUCAUAGGCAGCGCCGAGGUCCAGGAGGAGGUCCACAGGCGCAAUAUGCGCCGGUUGGCCGGGGCCUCCACCGACGAGCUCCUGGGCGAGCUUGUGCUGCUCCGCGACGAGGAGCAGCAGGCCCUGCGCCAGGCCGGGCUCGAGGAGGCGAGCGCGCGGGCCCUGCAGGACGCGGUGGAGGAGGCGCGCGCGGCGGCCCGCUGCGCGGUCGCCCCGGACCACGAGUCUGAGCCCGACUUCUCCGACUACGCCCCCUACCGAGACCACCCUGGGGGAGCUCCAGGCCUCCCUCGCGGACGCCGAGGCCGAGGCUCAGGCGCUGCGCGAGGAGGUGCGCGAGGCCGAGCGCUGCCUCGCGGAGGCCUCGCGGCGGGCGGCCGGCGCGGAGGAGUCGCUGUCGCGCGGCGGCACGCGCCCGCUCCGCCGGGAGGCCCGGGCGCUGGAGGAGCAGAUCCAGCUGCGGGUGCGGGAGCUCCUCCACCGGUCGCAGCUCGCGGAGCGGGCCGCGACCCUCCACGACAGGGAGAUGCGCCUCGCCUCGUCGGCGCUGCACCGGCUGGGGCUCCGGUGGGCGCGGCUGCGCGACAAGUGCGCGGACCUGCAGGAGGCGGAGGCGCUCGCGGAGCAGACGGGCGCCGACGCGGCGUGGUUGCCGGCGGAGCCCCGCAGGGGGCGCGGCGUGCUCGCGGCGCUGUGGGGCUGAGCCUUCCGCGGGGCGGAGGGCUCUGCGGCCGGUGCUGUCUGCCACGGUGCGAAUCCCAGACCCAAGGAUCGAGGGCUUCGCCUACGUCGAGUUCGCGUCCAGCAGGGGCCUCCAGGCCGCCGUGGCGACGCAGCCGCCCCCCUCGCUGCGGGGGCGCGUGCUGCGCCUCGACGCGGACGAGGGGCGCGGCCCCCGCGCGGGCUUCCACUUCCGGCCGGAGGCCAUCGAGGCAGGCUUCGGCCCCGGCGCCAGGGGCGGCGGCCGCGGCGGCGGCCGUGGUGGCGGCGGCGGCGAGGGCGGCGGCCGCGGAGGCGGAGGCGAGGGGGGCCGCGGCGGGCCCGCCAAGAAACUGUCCCUGUUUUGAGGGCGGCGCCGCGCAGGGCUCAUCCGGGGCCGAGGAGGUACUUUCGGGUUGUAAUUGUUAUUCCCUCCUCUCCUUCCCUUUUGGGUUUUCCCAUUGUUGUGCUCUUCAGCUCGCGCCUUGGACUCGCGCCGGCAGUUUCCCCUCGCUGUAUCGUCUCACUCCUCCGCCUCCGCCCGCCAGUGCUUACGUCGCGCCAGCGCCAGGGUCAGACUGGCAGCGCGCGGGUCCACCAAAAAGACGGCGGGUCCUUCUUGCAGUUGGUACCGAUGUUCAGCCCUGGCGUCGCCCAGACGGUACUUGUCGUCUUCGUCCUCCCCCAUGA